AUGCGCUUCGCAACUCUUACGCUCAUCGCUCUCGCGUCAGUCGCUGUGGCUACCCCGGCUCCCCAGGCUGGUUUCCCUCCGGUGGAGGAUGUCUUGAUCCUCGACUUCUCUACCCGACACCAGCCCGAUGGAGCGGUAGACAGCGUCGGCCUUCACAUCACCGCUCAUGAUGCCGAUAAUCUCUAUUGCGGGCUUACCGGGGAGGUUCUUCUUGGAGAAAAAUAUGCUUGCGGCAGUAGCAAAUACAGCUUUGCCCUUGUAAAGGGGGUCUAUGACACCUGGGGUGUUCGCAUUUAUCAUCGCUGGGGUGUUGCAAGCGGCGCCUCUGGCUACAGAGAUGUCCCCACGUACUGCCACGCGGGUCCUUUGGGCUCUACGGUCUGCACCAGCCAGGGGCCUGUCAGCCUGUAUAUUGAUGCUGUGCCCAAAGAUUGGUAA